GAGUUGAAUACGGAGCAGACAACAGCCAGCAUUCGUCAGUUGCGUUCUGACCGUCGCACUGUACAGUUGGGUUACACGAGACGCUCCUUCAAAUAAUAAAAGCACGCGUGAAAGAGAAUCAUUUUUGGCGGUUAACAGCAAAGUCUAUUCAAAUGAAAAGUUAAACUAUGUGAUACGGAAUAGCCGGUCAAGGACAACUUUUCCUUCCCCAUUUUAUUUUAAAAAACCGGCGUGUUCUCAGAAGUCUAUGUGUGUGUGUAGUGGGGGGAUUUCUUACAUUCAAAAUCGACACUCGCUGCACUUCUUUUGUGUUUUGGAUUUCACUGAGUCAACAUUGAAACAUUUCCACAUACGAGCACAUUCUUUCUCUCAUUUCUUCCUUUUUUAUUUUACAUUUGUUGUAACACUAUACACUUUUUUUGUUGGCUGAUGGCGGAACUCCUUUCCAAAAUUACUGGCGCUAUCAAAUUUUCUUGAGAAUUCAAAAAGCUCAUCAUGCUGUCCCGUAAAGGGUUAAACUACCACGAUGAUGAUGAUGAUGAUGAUGAUGAUGAUGCUGACAGUGGAGUACCCUCGAGUCCAUUUAGCAUAACACAGGCGGACUUUUUGGAAUAUCUUCAAUUAGGAUUGACCAAGAAACAAAUUCGAAUUAGAUCCUGCUCAGUCAUGAUUCUUGGUAGUAAAUGUUCAAUUUGCAAACGUGAAUUCAAAUGUGUCACUGAUACCCGUAAACACAUGAAGAAGAAGCACAAAUAUCUUAAGCGAAAAUCAGACGAUAAAUUGGUUCGAAUUAAGUUGAAAAUGGGUAAAGAGACAUUUUGUGAUAAUACAAUCAGUAAAAAAUUUCUUCUGACACCCGAACGAGGAUCUAAGUCAAUUCCUGCUGUCAGUUCAAGUGAUUCCCAACCCUUGCAAGUUAGUUAUACUCAUUGUCCACCUGUGAAACCCUCAAAGAGUGUUAAUCAAAAUUUACUGGCUAAACUUUCCGUACCACUGUCGGUGGCUUUGUGUGAUAUCAAUUCUUUGGAUCAGAAUGCAAAAUUCAAAAAUGGCCGCGUCUACAAAGAACGAAAUACGGACUCAACUAGUUUAACUGCUUCUUCUGAUUCAAUUCCUGAUAAUGCUUUAAUCAUCGAAGACUGUGAUUCGGAUGCGACUUGGGAUUUAAAUUCCGGAUCAGCUAGUGACUCGGAAAAUACAGUGGUUUAUGUCAGUGAUGUAGAAGUGGACCUCAGUGAGUUUUACGAGGAUGUGAAGCCUCCAAAAAAUUUGGAUAGUGAUAUUGAAGACGCGGAAACGGUAGUAAUGCCAAAUGAUGCCGGAGACGAUACGCUUGACAAUAAACUUGCAGAUUUAGAUGAUAUCACUCCAGAGGAUCUAGAAGCAUUGGGCAAGACCUGCGAGGAUAUGGAUAUGGCAGAUAUAUACACUGAAUUCGGAAUGACGGAUGGAUUUGUUAAUUUAGAAGAUUUUUGUCAAUCUCUCGAGAGGAUAGAGACCAAUCCAAACGUCGUCGAAAAAGAUUUGGAAAACAAUCAAAGGAGUCUUAUUAAUCAAGAAGAAUCCAGUAGAAAGAGAAGACACGAGACAGAAAUGAUUCAGACAGAUGUAAGUCAAGCGAAAACAGUCCGAAAGAGUUCGGAAUUGGAAAUUAGCCAAAGUGAUCAAAAGGAACGGGAAGCGUCUCGAAAAAGUGGAACAAAAAAAACGGAGAACGUGAUAAAAUUAGUGAACGAAGUGGCGGAAAUAUUAAAAGAAAUUUCCGAGGCUGAAUGUGGUCGUAAAAAUACCAAAAAAAUUGAGACUAGUCAGCGAUAUUCAAAGGGAACGGAAAAUGAUGAAAGUAAUCGAAGAUGCUCGAAGGAUGCCGAAAAUAGCCGAAGAGACUCAAAGGAGUCCGAAACCAUCCGAAGACGCUCGAAGAACACCGGAACUAAACGAAAAAGCUCGAGAGAUGCCGACACCAACCGAAAAAACUUAAAGGACACCGCAAUCACCCAUAAUGAAUCAAAGGACGCCCGAACCACCCGCAAAGACUCAAAAGAAGACGAAACCACCCGAAGACACUUACAGGAAGGAAAACCUACCAGAAAAAGUUCUAAGGACAAAAAGAUUGUCGGCAUAAAACUAAAGAAAUUAAAAACCACUCAACAGUAUUCACCUCCAAUUCAAGAUAAUUUAUGGCAGGCAGAAACAAUUUCAACACCAUCAGAAAAUUCAGAAAUGAUUUCUAAUCAAUUGGCAAAUAUUGAGGUACUUUUAAAUUAUCCUAGAAUCGUUGAAACAUUUUCUCAAAGUGUUAACAAUAAUUCAGAAACCAAUCAACAAAUUCUAAUGGAGAAAAAUCAAGAUCUUAACCUACAUGAUCAUUCGGAGAUAUCUGAUGAUGAUUUAGAUGGAAUGCGAAUUGGCUGCAGAAGUUUUGAAGAUUUGGAAAAGGUGAAACAACGUUUGGAGGCGGGGGAUAAUAAUUUUAUCGAUAUCACGGAAUUGGAUAAUGUCAACGAUUGCCUGGAAUCAUCGGAGGUGACAUUUUCAUUGGCUAUUGAAAAUGUUGGUAAUAAAAUGAAGGAAGACGAGGAUGUCAUCAUUAUUGAUGACGAUGAUGAUGAUGAUGAUGAAAAUAAUGAUGCAGGACAUUCACAGCCGCAAUUGGAAGAGUUUUUAAGAGCUGCAGUUUUGAAAUAUAUACAGAAAUGUAAUGCAAAUUCAAGCUCUCUUUGUGAACCUAAUAAUAAUAAAAACAAUAAUAACUUGAAAAAUGGAAUAACAAAUCAAAAGAAUUCUUCGAAACUUAAUUAUCAUUUAAAAAAAGCACUAAUGAAACUGGGUAUAACCAUCACAUCACCUCCUUCAUUAAUCAAAGAAGAGAAUAAUUAAUUUAAAAAAAAAAAUUUUAAUUCAUUCUUUAAACGUUAUAAACUUUUAAACUGCUAUAAAGAUCUCAGAAAGCUUUCUAUAUAUAUUUUUUAUUUAUUUUUUUUAAGUUACACUUAACCUGAAAAAUUUAAUAGAAAAUAGUAAAAUGUUAUACAACAUUGAUCAUUAAAUAUUUAUAACUAAAAAUAUCUAACAAUGUGAAACAGCUUUUCCGGUCUGUUAGACCGAGAAAGCGAUAAACGUGUUAUUUUUACCACUUAGCAGUUUGAAGGUUUAAAAAAACGUCUAAAGUUUGUAUUUUUUCUGAAAAAUUAUUAAAAUUCUUUUUUUUAAAAGAUGUAAACAGUAAUUUAAAAAAAAAAUUAUUUUUUGCAUUUGUAGUAUUUAUAAUUACGAACGCAUUGUAUCUCGAAGCAAAAAACACCAAAGUAAUAGUGUUAAUUUUUUAGUUUGUUCUUUUUUAUUUAUCUCUUUUUAAAGAAUUAUCAUCUGAAAAUAUGGAAUUUUUAUUUUUUUAUAAUGAAAAAAAAAUUAAUGAGUUUUAUUUUUUAAAAGUUUAUUUCAUUUUUUUUUAGUGUUUUAAUAUCAAAGCACUUGCGACAUUUUUUUUCAUUUUACUUUUAUUCGGCAAAAGAAAAUUAUGUGCAAUGAGAUAAUUCUGUAUUUUGUUAGCGAAGGAAAAGAAUGUUUAGAUUACAUUGGAACCCCUAAAAUAUCAAUGUAUGUGUAAAGUAAAGUAGCGAAUGUCGACGGAAAAUUAUAUAUUUUGUAAAAAGUAAAGAAAAAUUGAAUGAAAAACUUAAUGUUACGCUCCUGACUCUCUCCCCCUUCUUCUAUUAUAUCUGCUCCGCCAUCAAAAUUUUGUCUAAAGUUGUGAGGUUCUAGUGUAUUAUUCGUUAAGUUUAAAUUUUUCAAUUUAUGCUUUUAAAUUGUAUUGUUUUAAAUACAGUUUUUGUAUUAGAUAUCAUGCGAAAUUAGUGAUAAUAAUAUUAUUAUUGGAGUUUAGGCUGUAAAUUUUUUUUUAUAAUUGUACAGUUAUUCUUAAGAAAAUUAAAAAUGUCAAAAUAUGUUUUCUAUAUUAGUUACCAUUUUAGUAAAUUAAAAAUUUUUCUUUUAAACCA